AACAACGUGACAUCGAUAUAACGAGACCAGGCUGUUUGGAGUCAGCUAGUAUACACCAUGUCCAAACCCAAGCCAUUCCCUGCAAUAACAGGCAGCUGUGUCUGCAACACCGUCCGCUAUCGCCUGCUCACAUCACCACUCUAUUGCUAUGCCUGCCACUGCGCGGAUUGUCAAAAGUCCUCCGGUGGCGCAUUCGGCUGGUUCCUCAAUAUCGAAGCAUACAACAUCAGCAUCAUCUCGCCCACACACCCUGUGAUUGUAGCUCGGGAAAAGAAGCCGGGCGCUCUGGACCGACACAUGGAGUGCCCAAAGUGUAAGACGGAGCUUUGGAGUAACAACGUCUUGGGCACAGCAAUUUGCAGUAUAAGAGUUGGCACGCUAGAUUUUCCCAGUUUGAUGGAGCCGGAUGUGCACUCUUAUGUUGGGAGUAAGGUCGAGUGGAUAAAACUGCCAGAGGGAGCCAAGACGACGGAGAAGGAGGUUAAUCACAAAGAACUCUGGCCGAAGAGUAGUUUGAAAAGGUUGGAAAUCUGCAUGGCAAGGGUGGCGGAGACGACGAGGAAGAAGCAAGCCGCGUUAGCGGAGCCUCAAGAGGGAACAACCGGGGGUGGUGGUGAGGGGGAUGCAGAGGGAACUGGUGGCGAAGGAGAGAAGACGCCGACUGCUGUGGAAUUCGAAGACAAGGAUGCUGAAGAUGACGAAGCAUUUGAGAAAAGAUUCAAAGAGACGGAGAAAGCCCUACAGGAGCGUUUGGAGAAACUCAGCCUCAAACUUGAAGAAGAGGAGGUAACGAAAAAGGCCAGAGAAUUGACCCUCUGAAGACUCGCACUUUACUACCAGGCUACCAUGUAAUUUCUCGAACCAAUCUAGUCACUUACUGGUGUGGUGGGCUGUGUUAAUUGUAUGAAUCCAU